UUACGGAAGUUGCAACCCAGAAGUGGUUUACAUGAGAAAUACAGCACUUUGCCCAACUUUUUCUUGGUAACAUGCUAAUAUGCAGACAGAGGAGCAUGAUUCUGGUCUAAAGGCUGGUUUGUUGAAAUCUUGUGGGACAUGUCGUGUUCUUGUCGGUGUAACGGGAAGUGUUGCAGCCCUAAAACUGCCUGUGUUGGUAUCACAGCUUCUUCAGCUCUCUGGGGUGGACAUAAGAGUAGUCACUACCGAACAUGCCAAGCACUUCUACAAUCCUGCAGAGGUCUCAGUAAAAGUCUACGAUGACAAGGAUGAGUGGGAGCUGUGGACUCAGAGGUCUGACCCUGUGUUGCACAUUGAGCUAAGGCGCUGGGCAGACCUUUUUGUCAUUGCCCCCCUUGAUGCCAACACUCUUGGAAAAAUUGCGAAUGGAAUUUGUGACAAUCUCCUGACAUGUGUGGUGAGAGCCUGGGACACCAGUCGCCCUCUCCUCUUCUGCCCUGCCAUGAAUACAGCCAUGUGGCAGCAUCCCAUCACAGCCCAGCAGGUAUCCAGGCUCACAGAGUUUGGAUAUGUGGAAAUCCCCUGCAUUGCUAAGAAGCUAGUAUGUGGAGAUGAAGGUAAAGGAGCCAUGGCAGAGGUAUCCACUAUUGUCAGUGUUGUCAAACAAUAUCUUCCGAUACCAGAUGAGUCAUCUCAGAAAACAUCCAUGUAACAUCUUAUUGUAAAAUUAGGGUUGCACUAUACAAGACAUGAUAAACUGCUUUCAUCUAUUUGACCUCUUCUAGUUGGGAAUGUGCGGGUUUGUACUUACCUUCACUGACAACUACCUGAGUUUUGUUGCAUGGCCUGAACAUGUAAAUGUUCUUAAACCCAUUAACACACAAACACUUAAACACAUAUAAGUACAACUAUUUGUUAGUAUCUUCCAUUACUCAGCAAGUGCAACCUUUGCAGCAUGAUGAGCCAGAGUAGCAAGAAAGACUUGUGUGGGAGUGUGAUUUUAUCAAUGGCUAUUACAUGAAGCGUCUAUUCAUUAUUAAAUGAUACAGCCAUUUCUGCUGUGACGCAAUAAUCCCAAUGUAUGAUAGUACAUUUCUGUGGUUCACAAAGCAAUAUUUCAUUAGUGACAUUUAAUCAAGCUCAUGUAAAUAAAUGGAAAAAUAUAGUUCAUGGUAUAACACUUCCUCCACACAGGUAUAGGCACAUCAUUUUGUACAAAUACGAUCAAAUAAUAUUCGGUCUUUAAAAAAGUAAUGGUGAUUUAUGGGCUUGUCAUCGACACACUGUUGUGUCUUUGACAACACAGAUGGAAAAAUACUGUCAGUAUCAAAGGUGAAUGACAUUUGGAUUAAAAACUGAAAUUCUGCAGUUAUUACACUUCGUGUUUUGAAAUAUGUGUAACUCUGUUAAUAUAAAACCCACACUGCUCAAACUU